AAUGAAAAAAAGAAAGAAAAAAAGGACCGCAAGAAUGGAACAACAUGGGCGUGUCGCGGGCGACUCGUUUCUCUACAUUGAAAAGGAAAGCCAUUCUUUAAUCUACACCCCAUUUGAAAUAGUUUUUCUUUGCCAUCCCAGUUUUGUGCGUAAUGCUUUUAGCAUAAUUUUCCUCUUGGACUUCUUGAAUGCACCCCAAACGUGAACGCGUUGAUCAAAAAUUAAUUUAAUUGGAUGUUGUGAGAGAAUCCUUUCGUUCACCAAGCGGGUGUGAUUCAUUUGACUAGUUAAAAAAAUAUGUUAGUUUAUAUUUUGGCAUAUAACACAUAAUCGUAUUCGGUUUGUGAAGGAAAUCGGUAACUGGAAUGUAACACAUGGCAGCAGUUAGCGUCUGCAAGCCGCUCUGUCAUCCGUGCGCUUACGAUGAGAAAUUCAAAGUUGAGCUGCACGUGAAGAGGCCUUUGGUGCCGGUCCAGCUCAGCCCGCAGCAGGUGGGUCUUGAGAUGUUGUGUCUCUGUGGACAGCUGGACCUGCUCAUCAGAGCACAGGUACACCAGUUCCAGGAGCAGCUAAGGCAAGACUGCAGCCCAGAGGAGUCGGACACAUUCCAGGUUCAGGGAAGUGACAUAAUUGACCAGAUGCUCCAUUUCCUUGAACAUCUGCCUAAGCCUCUACCUCAGCUGGAGGACUACCUGGACAUAGUAGGGCUGUCUGCAAUAUUUCCAAGAGUGGAAGUGUUCCUCCUCCAGGGUAGCCCCGUGGACAUGCUUGAGAAGCCCCUAAUGGAUGAGUACUACUGUCACAUCUCCAGGCUGAACCAGCUCCUUGUACUUAGCCAGCAACUGCAGGAGGACAUCAAACACCUAGGGAGCCACAAAUACAUCACUCACCAACUUUCAGUUAUCUAUGUCAUUAGUUCUUUCAAAGGCAUCCAGCCCUUGUGGGUACUUAAGAAAGACAUUGAGAUUAACUUCAAACAGCUGAAGUUGUCAUUGGUGACAGAGGAAGGUUCAAGACAAGAGCCCCAGCUGUCUGCACACUAUAUCAGAUGGAUACUGGAGGUAAUGGAGACAAUAACGUCCACUGUGUCCUCUCUACCUGAGGAGCUGAUGGAAGACCUGAAUCCAGCCUUGACCUUCAUCUCCCAGCUUUCCUCCUAGUCAUCUCACCAACCCUUUUCUUCCUCUCUUCCUACGUAUCCUAUAGCCUGCAUAUCCUUGUAUCUCCCCUCCACCCCAGUAACCUCAGCCCUUUUCCUCCAUAGGCUCUUGUUUUCUGUUGGAACAACAAUAAGAACGCUUUUUGUUAGGCACAGGCACCAAAUUACCCCUUUCUGAUUAGCUGCUGUUUGUGCUCAAUAACAUGAUAGAAUCAAAGUUUGAAUGUAAAAUUUCAAAUCAUUGCAUUGCACACUAAUAUAAAUUAUAUUCACAUGGCUUGGGAAACUGAUGAUAAUGAUAUUCCAAAUGUCCAGUAAAAUCUGAUAUUUUGCAUUCAAUGAAAUGCUUUUUCAAAUUAAUUAUAUACAUUCAUCCUACAUUUCAAUUGAUCGGUGGCAGUAAGGGACCUAGAUAAUGGAACAGGGGGGCGCUGGCCUGGGUUUGACAGAUGGUAUAUUUAUAUGUAUCAGAGAAGUAAAUCAUAGACGCUUGUUCGUUGCUAGCUAGCAUUUAUACACAGGUAAUUUUGAAUAGCAACUGGUCUCUGCCAUUAUCAAUACACUAUGAACCACCAACUGUGUGCAUGUGAGAUGUGUUUGGCUACUCUAUGCUGAAUGGUUUAAACACUAGACCUAUGGUUAAAAAUCAUUCCUGCUAUGGCACUUUUGGAAUACAAGUUGUUUGAAUUU